AGUCGACAACACUAUUUGAGGGGUUUUAUGUAAUCACAUAGCCAAGUAGAUUGAUAUAUACAAACAACCUUCACAAGAACAAACAUACAUGAGUUUAUGCGGAAACACAUACGUAUAGCUGAAUUUUAAAUACUUAUCGAACAUUCAAGCUGAUGAUAUGGCUAGUAGACAGAAAAAAGAGUGCAAGGGCGGCGGAAACGCAACUGCAAUGCCACGGACACAGAGAGUGAUCGAUACGGGCCAGAUCCAUACAACCCAGAAGGGUCAGAUAGUUCCAAACCUUGCGAAUUCUAUGAAGCGUAAUGGAAUUGGAACUGUCAGGCGCACAUCCACACCACCUACAGUGCCACAUCAGUCUUCGAGCAUCAAGUGUAGACAAGUUUCAAAUGGCUUUUUAAGUUCGAAUACACAAAUAGUUGACGAUGUGAGUACGGACGGGUAUUCUAAUGGCAGUAAUAACGAAUCUGGUGGUCAGGAAGGAGAGUGCAACGAAUCUUCAAUCGAUGCGGUGGAUUCUAGUGGUAGCAUGGAUGAAAGUGAUAGGCAGAAUAGAAAGCGAAACAAUCGCUCCACCAGUUUCGAAGAUUCUGGACGUAGUGCAAAUGAGUCGGACAAUCGUACGAGGUAUCGCAAUGGGCGUUCUUUUAGUGUGGAGGAUACCAGUAGGAGUACGAACGGAGAGGAGCUCAAUGGUUCUUACGCACAAGUUAAGAAUCCGACCAAACGAGGUAAAACUCAUUUGUCAAAAGAAACCUUCUCUUGCCAAUAUAAAGGGUGUUCCCUGUCGUAUGUAUCACAUCACUCCAGACAAUUGCACUACCGACUCAAACAUGACGGUGGUGGUCAAACGGUGAAACCCGCAGACAGUUCGAAGGUCAUUGUCACAUCAACUGCGGAAACAAAAGCAGUUGAUCACCGCAACGUAGCGCAAAUUCCACCCAGAACGAAAGGAUUGGCCAAUAAUAUGAUGAUAGCUGUGCAGACGUCGAAGCGGGGUUUGGAUUCGAACACUCGCUCAGUUUUGGCCAUGGAUGAGGGGUUUACACCGCCAGAAAACGAAUGGCGGGGGGGGCAGCCACAGCCAAGGAUCAAGCAGCUCAGUACUAUUGCCAAUGGCUUCAAUGUCGCGGAUGGUACGAACAGUUACAAUGAUAGAUGUAAUCUCGACACCAGCACGGGUGAGGGUGAAGGGUCCUCGAAUGGGAGCAAAGGGGCUGACCAAGAAUUGCCCACUAGCGAGGAUGGUAGCAUCCACUCUAUCGACGCUGCCAACCGAGACAGCAGUCUAAGAACCACGCGACAGCAGAAUAUGUCGCACAGUUGGGCCAGUCAAUAUACGAUGGAUGCUGGGAGAUAUUCUCGGCCAGAUGGUGCCGCUGUCGGCGGUUCGGUUGAGGGCCUGCAUCACUCAGAUGAUCGCACCAUUCCGAAUGGAAGCCAAGGAGACAUGAGCAUCAGUUAUUAUUCUGAUAAUAGUCGCACGAAUGUUUCCGCCAUGCGCUGCAUCAAUGGCGAGUUACGAGGCUCGGAAGGACAACUUUUGACGACAAUCGAUGGUGUUGUACUUGAUAUGUCGAAAGUCAAUCAAGCGCGCCGACGUCGCAAAAAGUCAGAGCUCAAGCGAUCGUUUGCGUGUCUGUACAAGGACUGUAGACGCACGUACGCGUCUAACCACGCUCGACACCUUCACGCCCGUCUGAAGCAUAAACAUGAUGAGCCAUUGAGCGAUUGUACACAGAGUGUUUCAUCUAUGGCGACUGCCACGCGGUCAACAACGUACGCACCUAAGAAUAUUCCAAAUCAGGUGAACAUCGAGUCGAAAAAUUUAGAGAGUCUAUCACGACCGAUUUCAGUUAAGUCUGAGAUGGCGAGUUCAAAUCAACCAACUCGGGGCGGGUUACAGACAGGGCCAAUAUGGAGUGCGGAACAAAUUGUGCAGCCUUCACAGCAAAAACAGGGGCAAGGUGGAGCGCCCAUGCUUAACGAUGGAGGUGUAAUGAUGAAUAGCGCGCACGACAUUGGAGGCAUGACGGCGACUAAUCCUUACUCUCGAAUGCAGACACCGUCUCACUCUUGGGUUCAAACUGCGGCACAAUCUACACAUACACAACUAUCACGUCAGCCUACGACUUGCAGCUGCAAUGCCGGUUUCGUGAACGUGGGCAAUGGGUUCAACAACACUCACCAGAUGUGCUCAAACCCCCACGAAGUAUGCAGAAGUCGAGAUCAAGUUCCGCAACAGGUGUUGCAGUACCCAUACCAGCAACAGCAACAGCAGCAACAAAUCCAUCAAGGACUGCAAGGGGCGCAAUGUCACGACGCGUAUUGUCAACCAAUCGAAGUUGGCAUCAAGUCUCGCAAACGACACCGCUCAGCUAAUCGAUCCCGCUCGGGCCAUCGAUCGGACUCGCGGAUGAAUUCUAGGGAUGUGGUCCUCGGCACGAGAGAUGAUCUCUCCACGAGUCGAGAGCAAGAACACGAACCAUCAUUGUCGCAGAUGAGGGGCAAUCAGACUUUGGACGUACGUGGAGGUAUGCAGGUGCAAAAUCCUACUAACUAUGGAGUAUGCAGCGCCAACUCAGGUCAGCACAGGAGUAUAGAUAAUCUGGCUGUAGAUACCUGGCAGACUGAUGUGGUGGACUCAAGUCGGCUUAAUCAACAGCAGCAGCAAUCUAUUUCGAAUAUGCAUGGAGAGGCUAGCAUGCAGUCUAACCCGCAACCGUCUAACCAAUUUGAGUCACGCCCCGCUGUGCAGUCUUGCGACUGUCAAAGUGCAUCAUGUGGUGGUAACUCUGGCAGCAGCAAUACUUAUCAGGAGCGAAAGGUGGAUGAGGGUUAUGUUGCACAACUUGGUAAUUACAGUCCAUCACAUAGCAAGGCUUGGCCUGCUAAUGGAGGUCAUCUUGGACAUCAGCAACAACAGUCCCAUAUGCAACAGGUAUCUCAUAUGCAGCAAUCCUCCCAUAAGCAACAUAAUCCUCGGAUUCAUCAGACAUCCUCCACACAACAAUCUUCGCACGAGCAACAGACAAGGGUGGAAUUACACGAGCCUUCAAAUCUGGAGAGCCGACCCGAUAUUAACGCAUGGGACCAAAACACCAAUCUUCCCUUUACUAUACCGAAAACUGGAGGCUGUGGGUGUAUGGGACAUACGCAUACUGGUGUGACUACGCAUAACGAUGGGUCGGUACCAGACGGUCCGUAUCAGGUAUCGUCUCAGCAUGCGCAGUUGAAUACAGAGGUAGCAUCAUCACAAGCUUGUAUUAAUGGAUAUGCUAGUACCAAUAUGUUACCACCAAUGACCAUGGGUCGCGACAAGCACAAGCGGGCGAGAUCUCAUGCACAUCCGCGCCCAGAAAUUGCAGCCGCUGGGCAUAAGAAGAAGAAGAAGCGCAGCAAACGCAGUCGGAACGGGCGCCACCAUAAACAUAUGAGCAGUCGUCACUAUAAUGUUGAUGCAGAAUAUACAUCAUAUGGCGACGCUAAUAUGCACAUGUCGAGGCAUACCGGUAUCUCUCACAAUGCAUUGCCGAACGCUUACAACAUAUAUGGAACGCAGAAUAGUUCCUCACGCACUGUUGUCCAGUACUCUUCAACUAGUCAUGCAGGCCAGAUGCCGAUUCAGAAUAUGAAUACUUUCAUGGGAAUGCAAGAGCAGGCGCCGUGUACUACCUCUGAGUUUGUCAGUGAUCAGCCCUCUUGUGAACAGAACAACGCACGCGAGAUGACCAGUCGAGCUGGUUACAUACCAUCAGAAAAUCAAGGGUGGUAUUCGAACGGAAAUCAAGACAUGAACGGUGACCAACGGUACACUCCUGGAUUGAAUGCUGAUAAUAGUGGUCCUUUUGAGGAAAACAACUCUAAUUUACGAUACAGUAACUACUAUGAAGUGGAUCAACGCGCACCUUUGGCGUACCAAUCCAACGGUGCGUAUAUGCGGUGAGGUUGAUAUGAUAUCUUAAAAAAGAAAUAUGCGCUCG